GCGUCCAUUCAUCGUUCGAUCUCGCAUACUUUCCAAGUUAACAAGAAUCAAGAAUUAUGGUUUUGGUUGUAAAUAUCAAUCGCAGGGUUUUUAGUUCAGAAGCUGUUUCGACUCCUUCCAAAGAAGCGAUCAUCUCCACCCAAUCCAGUCUCUCCGAUGUGCCUCCGGUUACGCCUCCACCGGAGGCAGCACCUCAGGCAUCUGGAAGAAAAUCGUGGGGUUUUCUCAAGUACGGACCUUUUGCCGCUCUCACUGGGAUUUCUGGCUAUGCUGGUUACGCGACUUAGGCAUAGGCAUCUGAUGAAAUAGAUGAGAAGACGAAAGAAUUCUGAGAAUCGGUCAACUUUAAAGCUGGUGAAGAUGUUUCUGCUAUUGAUCAGUUGGUAGCUUGUGCUCUCUCUCUCUCUCUCUCUCUCUCUCUCUCUGUCUUUUCAUGUUGUACUUUGAGAGAUCUGAUAUUGAAAUUGUAACUUUUUUCUCUUUAUUUAAGAAAUACCAAGGUUUGCUCUAUUCUGCUGCAAUGACAGAUAAUGUGCCUGAAUAUGUUCCUUCUUGUCUUUAUUGGUUUCUCCUUUUAUUAGUUAUGCAGCUCUGAUUUCUCUGGGAACAUCUCUAGAUAAAUCUAGUUUUCUUUA